UUUAGAUGCAAAAAUGACAAAAAAUGUCACUUUUGUCUUUAGUUAUAUGGAAAAAAUGAACUGCCAUCAACCAAAAACAUAAUUUCAGUUUGUGAGAGGAAGAGAUUGUGAUUCUCAACAAUGGGGUGUCUCAACAAUUCAACCAAUGGGACAGAUACGCCAUACACCCUGCUGGUGGCCCUUCCUAUGAGCAUCCUGGUGGGGUUUUUCAUCCUCGUCAUUGUCUUUGGCAAUGUGCUGGUGAUCAUCGCAGUGUUCACGAGCCGAGCUCUCCGGGCUCCUCAGAACCUGUUCCUGGUGUCUAUGGCCUCCGCUGAUAUAUUGGUGGCUACACUGGUGAUGCCGUUCUCGUUGGCGAAUGAGUUGAUGGGCUGCUGGGCCUUUGGGCCGGUUUGGUGUGAAAUCUACCUGGCCUUGGACGUUCUCUUCUGCACGGCCUCGAUCACUCACCUGUGCGCCAUCAGUCUGGACAGAUACUGGUCGAUCACGCAAGCCAUCGAGUACAACCUCAAGCGCACACCACAACGAAUCAAGUGCAUUAUUUUUAUAGUUUGGAUCAUCGCCGCAGUGAUCUCCUUCCCGCCUCUGAUUACCAUGAAGAAGGAAGAGGGGGCCACCUGCAAAAUCAAUGAAGAAAAAUGGUACAUCGUUUCCUCUUCCAUUGGUUCGUUUUUCGUGCCUUGCAUCAUCAUGGUCCUCGUGUACAUCCGAAUUUACCAGAUCGCCAAGAAGAGGACCAGAGCGCCACCUGGGGACCGGAUGAUAAAGGAAGCGGGCAAGAAGGAUAACGAUCUGGAGAGGGAUCCCAAUGAGAAGCUCAACGGGAAUCCCAACCCUAAACCAGACGAGGACAUGGAGGAAUCGUCCUCCUCGGACCACAAGGUCUCCAACCCCUGCUCCCUCAAGAAGAAGAGCUCCAAAGGAAAGACUAAGCGGAGCCAAAUCAAACCGGGGGAUGGCGACAAGCACGAGGUCCUUCAGACCACCAAGACCAGCAGGUGGAAAGGCCGCCAAAACCGGGAAAAGCGCUUCACGUUCGUCUUGGCGGUGGUCAUAGGCGUGUUCGUCAUCUGCUGGUUCCCGUUUUUCUUCACCUACACGUUGACAGCGUUUUGCGAAGAAUGCGUGCCGGAACCACUUUUCAAGUUUUUCUUCUGGUUCGGCUACUGCAACAGUUCCCUCAAUCCCAUUAUAUACACCAUCUUCAAUAAUGACUUCCGGAGAUCCUUCAAGAAGAUCCUCUGCCGGAGAGAUAACAGGAGAGGGGUGUGAAUUGAGUUG